AUGGCCGACCGGCAAUAUUCUACCCUGACCAAGCUAGGCCUGGGCGCCCUGACCUUCAAUUCGGUGCUCGCCAUCUACAACUCCUGGGGCGACGCCGCCUCAGUCACGUCCGUGCUCGCCGUGGAUGCCGCGCUCGUACUGGUCUUCCUCUGCCUCCGUGAGUUCGAGCGUGGCGGCAAUGGCAGGGAUGCCAAGACCAAGGCCGCCGUGUGGGCGCUCACAGCGCUGCUCACGGCCAUGUUCGCGUCCGGGGUAGCGCCGACGAUCAUGCCGCUAGCCGUCGGCGCCCUGGUCUUGCUCUGCCUCCGCGACGCCGAUCACGACCGCGCCAGAGAAGAAGGCGGCGGCGGCGGCGGCAGAGUCAACAUGGACGGGCAGUAUUGCGUGCUUGCUAAGGUGGGUUUCGCCGUGCUGACGUGCAGCACGGCGCUGGACGCCUACGACACCCGGCGCGACUCGGACUCGGCGGCGCUCGUUUUCGUGUCGUACACCCUCCUCGGAAUCCUGACGGUCCUUUUCGUCCGUGCAUUCGCCCGCGGUCAUGCUGCCGAGCAGGGGCAGGGGCAGCGGUUGCUGUGUCAUCUGCGCACGUUCCUUCGUUACAUGCAGCCCAGGGGUCGGCAACAAGAUCGCUGGCAACGCCCGGCCCGUUGA